UUUCUCCAAUUUUUAAGGGCAUUAAAAGAUUUAUAAUUUUGCAUAAAGUUUUGACACUUGUCAACAGAAAGGUUGAAAUAGUAAUAGUGCUUUAUCAGUUCUGCCCCAUUAAGUAUAUAUAAGCGUAUAAACAAACAGACACUAAAUCAUGUUGGCAUGUGUUUGGAAGUGUUUACAUAAGAAGGCUUAACUGAACUGUUACUAUUUUCUGCUGUGUUUUUGUCAGAAGGUAUAUAAAUGUUUAUACUCAAUAUGAACAUUUAUGUUGAAAAGCACACUGUAUAUUGAUUAUGUUGUAUUUUACCAAUCAGCAUGUACUUAUCGUACCUAAGGGCAAAACAGGUUUGAUGUGGAAUUUUCUAUUGGCAGAGCAACAUUUGUAAUACUGACUGUAAUGACUCAUAGUUCUUUGAAACCACUGAGUGUGUGUGCAAACAUCAACAUAUCCUUACAUGUUAUACAGUAUUUUUUAAAAAUACUGAAAGGCCUGGAAACAGGGUUUUAAAAAGAACAUUUUAAACUGAAGACAGGAAAGACUUUUCUGAUAUCCCUUCUAUUACAUAAUGACAUAUACUCGUAGUCCCUGUAAUGCUGAACCCAUAAUCUGGCUUUACAUUAGUCAACCACAAUAAACCUUUAGAGCAGGCUAGUCUACAAUCUUGUCCACAGGCCGGUCAUCAUCCCUGAUUUAAAGGUGUUUUAUUAAUGGUCUACCAGGAGAUUUAAACAGAACUUAUAAUUCAUGGAUGGUUAAGUUUGACUUCCACAAGUUUGACUAAGGUGUGCAGCCGCUACAGUAUUACUACUUUACAAACUCAGCACCCUGUUGAUGGAGGUGUGCAUCUCCACAGAUAGCUGACAAUCCAUGUUUUAGUUGUUGCAUGAAUUUGUUUAUAAAAUAUACAGUAUUUUUAAAAUAAUUUAAUAGUAAAUAUGAACAUUUUUGAGAAAUUUGAACAUCUAUCUUUAUUUAAAAUAAAAAUGUGGUGGCAGGAAAAUCAACUAAUGCAGUGGUUCUCAAACUUUUUAUACUCUUUACCACCAGAAAACACAUUGAACUCUCUGAGUGACACUGUGAUGACCAACAUUAGAAUAUAGCAGCAUAGGCCAUCCCUAUUAGCUUCCACCACACAGGAGAGUUGUUUAUAAAUGUUUAGAAAGAUGGUUAUGUUUAAAUGUUGUAUUAUUGUUAUGUGUUUCAGAUUUAUUCCAUUAAAAAUGUUAAUGCGAAAAUAUGAAUUUUCCCCACGUACCACUUUGAAGACCACUCAACUAAUGGAACAAGGCACUAUAUUUUUCUUGCAUUUCCCUGAAGCCAAUCCAUUGUUUCAUGCUCAAACUGUGCUGCAUACACUUACCAUUAUCUCUUAGUUAAAGGCCGUCUAACAAGAGCUGACUGCGUCAUAAAACUGUGUCCACUGUGCUUUAUAUAAUUGAUUACAUCAAUUAAAUCACAAGUGCAGCCCUUUUUCUGCUAACAGUAUUUUGUGCAUAGUGAUCACUAUUAGGGUUAAAGUCAAUGUCAAAGUUUAUUUCUGCAGCGUGUUUCUAUAAAUUUCCCUUCACAUGCCAGAGCACUGAGAAAGGUCGAGGAGCUGAGCAAUGCAUCUUUCGUUCAAUGUCAGUGUUUCUUCAGCUGGUCUUGCUGUUGCACUGGUGACCAGGGAGUGGUGAAAACUGGAGUUUGUACAGGAGUUUGGCCCCUCCCAUUUCUCACUCUCUCUGUCUCUCCUGUUUUGAUGGGGUACACCACUCCUGUUCCUGUGGGCCAAUCACUCUUUAGAUAUUUCCCAUUCUCUCUCUCUCUCUCUCUCUCCCUCUUUUACUCUCUCCUUCUGCCUCUCUCUCACUGUUUCUGCUGUCCUCCUUCACACUGGGUUCAGAUCUCCUGUCCAAAGCAGCAGACAGAGCAGGAUAUGGCAUCCGGGAGAAAGAUGGGCUACAAGUUUCGCAUAGCGGGCGUGUUUCUUCUGCUGUUGGCCAGUAUCGCUGCUCUUGUGGCUGUUGCCAUCAUCCAGGACACAUGGGCUUUCAACGAGUACACCAUAGAGUAUGGCAUUGUGAUUGACUCAGGAUCCUCUCGUUCCAACGUGUACCUGUACGAGUGGCCUGGUGAGAAGCAGAACGAGACAGGAGUAGUGACGGAGACCCUGAACUGCAAAGUGAUGGGGGAAGGAAUAUCAGCGAUGAAAGUUGACCCUGACACUAAGAAAGAUGUUAAGUCAUUGGAGGCAUUUCAAGUCUGCAUGGACAAAGUUCUUAAAAUCAUUCCAUCUGCGAAACACAACACAACAACUCUAUUUCUAGGAGCAACAGCUGGAAUGAGGCUACUACAUGAACAGAAUGAAGCGAGGUCCAAUGAAAUCAUGGAAAGUAUAAGAACAUACCUGAGUUCUCUGCCCUUUAACUUCCAAAAUGCCUCCAUCAUAACUGGUCAAGAAGAAGGACUGUACGGGUGGGUCACUGCCAACUACCUCAAGGGAAACUUAUUAGAGAAAAACCUGUGGAACACGUAUGUACACCCAGAUGGGAGAAAGACAACAGGAUCCAUGGACCUUGGAGGAGCAUCAACGCAGAUCGCCUUUGCCGUCCCAGAAGACCUCAGGGGUCCGGACUACAUGAACGUGAAAAUGUAUGGAUACUCCUACAAUGUCUACACCCACAGUUUUCUCUGCUAUGGUAAAAAUGAGUUGGGGAAGAAGGUUCUGGAGAAAAUAGUUGAGGAUUCAAACAACUUUACAUACAUUGAGAAUCCCUGUUACCCAGAAGGAUUCAACAUCACUAUCGAAGUCUCGGAGAUUUUUGACAGCAAAUGCACCAAUCCCAAACGCCUCUAUAGCCCAGAUCAAACGUUCUUCAUGGUGGGCGGCUCUAAUUCAGACAAGUGCAAGGAGAUCGUGAAGUCUGUGUUUGAUUUCAACACCUGUUCCCACAAACAGUGUUCUUUUAAUGGAGUAGAGCAGCCACCAGUCACCGGAGAGUUUAUGGCAUAUGCUGGAUUCUUUUAUACAGCCAGAGCUCUGUUGUUGAACGGAACAUCAUACCUAGAGCAGUUCAACGCCACAAUAGGGAAUUUCUGUCAUACACACUGGACAGUGGUAAGUCUUCAAGUCAAUAAAUUACUUUCAAAUGUUUUAUGAAUAUUUCAAA